GAGGCGCGAAAAGUGUAACUGGUCUGCAGCGUGGCGUGUUUCGGCAGCAGCAGCAGCACAAGGGGCAGGACUUGGUGGGGCUGGCGCGGCCGCGAGGGCGUGGAGAAGGGCUUGUCCAAGCUCUGAGCACCACCGCCGUAGGCUUCCCCGCGCGGCUGCGUGCGGACCCUCGGCGGGCGCCCUGGAACUCGCAGGAGCGGUUCGGUUGGGCGCCCUCUUUUCCCGACGAAUACAACGGCGGCAGGGAAAGAGGCGUUUCCGCGGGCAAGAGAGGAGGAGCAGCAGCAGCAGCAGCAGCAGCGUGGCCGGAGCUCUCCAACAAGCUCUCCCCGGCAGUUCCUGCUCCUCCUUGCUGCCACCAUGAUCAGCAACGGAGGAGGCGGAGGGUGCGCUCCUCUGAGCCCGGCGCGCAACGGGACCCCGCUGCCUCCCGCUCUGGAGAGAGCCCCGUCUAGUCUGGGCAAGAGUUACGAUGUCUCUGGAAAGGUGAUGCUGCUUGGAGAUUCAGGCGUGGGGAAAACCUGCUUCCUCAUCCAGUUCAAAGAUGGGGCCUUCCUCUCUGGGACCUUCAUAGCCACCGUCGGCAUAGACUUCCGGAACAAAGUGGUGACAGUGGAUGGUGUGAAAGUGAAACUGCAGAUCUGGGACACUGCAGGCCAGGAGCGGUUCCGGAGUGUGACGCAUGCUUACUACCGAGAUGCUCAGGCACUCCUUCUCCUUUAUGAUAUCACCAGCAAAAUGUCUUUUGACAAUAUCCGGGCCUGGCUCACAGAAAUACAUGAAUAUGCCCAAAAGGAUGUGGUCAUUAUGUUAUUAGGCAACAAGGCUGAUGUGAGCAGCGAGAGAGUGAUAAGGACAGAAGAUGGGGAAUCACUAGCCAGGGAGUAUGGAGUGCCUUUCAUGGAGACCAGCGCUAAAACUGGUAUGAACGUGGACCUGGCAUUUCUUGCCAUCGCAAAAGAGCUCAAGCAGCGAGCUGUCAAGCAGCCAGAAGAGCCCCGGUUCCAGAUCCAUGACUAUAUAGAGUCUCAGAAGAAGAGGACCAGCUGCUGUGCCUUCCUUUGAGGGAGGAGGAUGCCCGAGCAGCCUGGAGAACCUCAGGUCAAGACAAGAGGUCAAGAAGCAGACUGGCAGAAGUGGGAAGGCAGAGAGGAAACUGCAUCUGGGAUCCUCUCAAAAGACUAUGUUUUUUAGAAAAUGUUGCUCAUAGAUUAUAUAUAAGUAGUAGGCCAUACCAGUGUGAGUGGGCAUGGCUGUGCACUCAUCUAGAGUGUGUGUGCGUGUGCGUGCGUGUGUGCAAAGUAUUACUAUAAAGGCCAAAUAAACUCAAGGUUAGGAUUGGUCCCCCUACACUUAAAAUGGAAGUGGCCAGGGUCUGUAGAGUAGUUCCCAGGCCUGGCCUUUGUGGAGUGGGCAGGAAGGGAUUGGCCUUACCAAAACAAACAGAUCCCCUUCACCUACUGCACUAGCACUGUCUGGAAUGGCUCUAUAGAACCCACCUCUACAAGACCAUUAGGACUGAGCUAGGUUGACCUCAGCUGCAGAAGUUGGACUGACCCAGAAGAUUACUUUCAUAAACAAAAUCCACAGAAGGAUUUUCUGUGAGGUCUGACCAGACUGAAGGGUUAAUAGCAGUAACAAUGGCAGUAAAUAGAAGUUCCUCCUUGGGGAAAGAACAAUAAUAACCCUUUUUGCUUGCCCUAAACGGUGAUGCUUUGUGUGAUAAAUGAAAUCAGCAGGAAUAUUCAGUCAAGAAAAAGUAAGCACAUUUCCUUUUGACCUCUGGCUCUUUCCUGCUUUCCACACCCAAAGAUCCUGCAGCCAAGAUUGCUUUCCUUCUCCUCCCUUCCUCCCUCUGCCCCUAGGAAAGGACUAGGGGAUCCUAGUAUUAUUCCUUGUGCCUGUUACAUCAGGAGAAUGCUGCUGACUGUAGUUAGUUUGGAGGGAGAUCACUGUAUAUUUUUUCUGUCUAUAUAAAAAAGGAAUAUUUGAGAAAGCAAA